AUGGGGGAAUCAAAAAUAACCAGCGACCAAGGGGUCGAUCAGUCUUACGCUUCGGGCUUCGACGGCGCCAACAGCAGCGGUCCCAAGGGCUCCGUCCACAUGCAUCGCCAUGAGCCCAAUUCCGUUGACGACUCGGGAAUCGAGACCAACUCCGCCGACCACAUGCUGGAGUCCCUCGGCUACAAGCCCGAGCUGGCCCGGAACCGCUCGACCCUCCAGGUCGCCUUCAUGUCCUUCGUCCUCGCCUCCAUUCCCUACGGUCUGGCUACGACGCUGUACUACCCCCUCAACGGCGGCGGCCCCGUCAACAUCAUCUGGGGCUGGCUCGCCGUUUCGCUUAUUAUCGUCUGUGUCGCUGCGUCUCUGGGUGAAAUCACCAGUAUUUAUCCGACUGCUGGAGGUGUGUAUUACCAGGCUUUCAUGCUAGCUCCGCAUUCGUGGCGUCGUGUCGCGAGCUGGAUCUGCGGCUGGCUUUACACUGUCGGGACCAUCACCAUCACCCUGGCCGUGAACUUUGGCACCACCCUGUUCUUCGUCGGCUGCAUCAACGUCUUUGAGAACUCGGCUGGCGAACCUGUGUUCGACCCUGCUGCGUGGCAGAUUUAUCUCAUCUUCCUCGCCAUUACCUUCCUUUGCAAUCUGGUCUCGUCUCUCGGCAACCGUUGGCUGCCUAUACUUGAUACCGUUGCCAUCUUCUGGACUUUUGCCGGUCUCAUCGCCAUCACCGUCACUAUCCUAGCUGUCGCCAGGAACGGCCGCCAUGAUGCCUCUUACGUCUUCACCCACUUCGAGUCGCACUCCGGUUGGCCCGACGGCUGGUCCUUCAUGGUCGGUCUGCUGCACGCCGGCUACGCCACCUCCUCGACCGGCAUGAUCACCUCCAUGUGCGAGGAGGUGCGGCAGCCGUCCACCCAGGUGCCCAAGGCCAUGGUGGCCACCAUCUUCAUCAACACCUUCGCCGGCCUCCUCUUCCUCAUCCCCCUCGUCUUCGUCCUGCCCGAGAUCGAGCCCCUGCUCAACGCCGCCCAGCCCGUGCCCCUGAUCAUCCGGUCGGCCGUCGGCGCCGCCGGCCCCGCCUUCGCCCUCUGCAUCCCCCUCAUGGUGCUGGCCCUCAUCUGCGGCAUCGGCUGCACCACCGCCGCCAGCCGUUGCACCUGGGCCUUCGCCCGCGACGGCGCCAUCCCCGGCUCCCGGUGGUGGAAGAAGGUGCACCCGACCCUCGACCUGCCUCUCAACGCCAUGAUGCUCUCCAUGGUCGUGCAGAUCCUCCUCGGCCUCCUCUGGUUCGGUUCCGAGGAGGCGUUCAAUGCGUUCUCUGGCGUGGGCGUCAUUUCUCUCACCGCGUCCUAUGCCACUCCCAUUGCCAUCAGUCUGUUCACUGGCCGGAGGGACGUGAAGAAUGCGCCCUUUAACCUCGGCGCGUUUGGUGUGUUUUGUAACGUGGUGGCACUUGCCUGGUCCGCCCUCGCCAUGCCCCUGUUCUGUAUGCCUUCCAACCUCCCCGUGACUGCGUCUACGGUCAACUAUGCGCCGGUCGUCUUCGUGGCCGCCACUGUCGUUUCCGCCAUCUGGUACUUCGCCUGGGGAAAGAAGAACUACGAGGGUCCCCCCACGCAGAACCCCGUGUACUAA